AUGUCUCGCCUGUGCGCAACCACCCGCAGUGGGUUUGUUGAGAGCAUUGGGUCGGGAAUACUGAUUCUGAUGUCUGCAAGUGCUGCAAUUGAGUGCGGAGCGCCUAUAUACGGCGUUCCUGCUAUGACAGCGACUGCAACAGAUAAGGAAGGCCGCACAGUACCUGCACCAGGUCAAGGGAUUCUGACGACAGUUCGGGAGUCACCGAGCGCAAUACCUUCGCUCAUGCUUGAUUUCAGGUACCGCCAUCGCAAACUUCAGGCUAAGCUGGCAGACAUCAGUUCAUGGACACAAGAGGAGAAGGAGGGGCUACAGACUGAGCUUGAAGCUCUCGAAGCUUUGCAUAACAGCUCCAAGUUUGACGAUGAAGAGUUUGUGCGGUCGAACGAAAUCUGUAUUGAAAGAAAGGCACAGGAAAUAAUCAAAAAUGCACAGGACAUAUGGAGCGACGAAUUCUAG